AUGAGUGUUAAUUAUAGUGAAACUAUUUGUAGUUUUCAAGACACGGCCAUUAAUAAUAUUGGUACUGGCAAGAAAUAUCAAACUAUGGCACAUACCCGUUCUUCAAAUAUAAGAUUUGUACCAGCUGUCACUCAUGAUAUGGUACGUUCUUUAUUCGAUCCAACUAUAAAGAAAUCAUUUUUAGAAUGUUGCAUCACUUUGAGUAUAUUUGCUAAUUUUGGAUUAUGUUAUUUAUUCAAUUUAAAGUUUGGUCAAAGUUUGACAAAAGUAUUUUAUUUAUUUCAAUACAUUUUAUGGAGACUUUCUUAUAAUUUAGGUAUUGGUAUUUUAUUGCAUUAUCAAUCAAAAAAUGAAUCAUUGACUAGUUUUGCAAAAUUGAAUAAAUUGUUUGAUAAAAAAUCAACUUCAAAAUUAGCUAAAUUCUGUCAAUUCGAGAUUUCAACAAAGAUGGCAAAUGAUUAUAAUAUGCAUAAUUAUCCUGAGGAAUUCAACAUUUGGUUGUUAUUCCGACAAUUCGUUGAUUUAAUCUUGAUGCAGGAUUUUACUACUUAUAUUCUAUUCGUAUAUUGCUCUUUACCUUCAGAAGGUAUAGAUUUUAAAAAUUGGCGAAUACUAGUUGGUACUUCCAUGAUUUUAUUCAAUAUCUGGGUUAAGGUUGAUGCUCAUAGAGUGGUCAAAGAUUAUGCUUGGUAUUGGGGAGAUUUCUUCUUUUUACAAGACUCAGAAUUAACCUUUGAUGGUGUCUUUAAUAUUUCCCCUCAUCCAAUGUAUUCUAUUGGAUAUUUAGGUUAUUAUGGGAUUUCAUUAAUUUGUGGAGAUUAUAAAGUUUUAUUAAUUUCUAUAUGGGGCCAUAUAUUACAAUUCUUAUUCUUAAAAUACGUUGAAAACCCUCAUAUUGAAGAAAUAUAUGGCAGUGAGUCAGAUACAAACCAGCUAUCUAACAGUUAUAUCGAUGACUUGAUAGUUAAAGAAAACUAUGAUUAUUCAAGACCUUUGAUAAGUACUGGAUUAAGAUGGAAGCAUUAUGAUCUAUUAAGAUUUUCUGACCACUUUACAAUUUUGUCUAUCUUAGCUGUUGUAUUGAUUGCAAUUAAGACAAAACCUACAGAAAAGGCUUUAUUUAUUAUCACAAUUACCGCCAAGAUAUUUUCUGCUUCUUUCACUUCUUACAUCCUGUUCAAACAGUCAAAGGAUAAAUGGUUUACAAAAAUAUUCUUAAAAAAUGGAUAUACUCAGAUUUACUGUUACCAGCAAUGGCAAUUCAUUUAUAAUUAUAGUUUUGUAUUACCAACUACUCUGUUAAUUUUACAAACAACCUCCAAAAUUUAUAAUCUAUACCCAAACAUUGAAUAUACCCAAAUUAUAUUUGGAGGAAUUUUAUGCGCCAUUCAAAUGUGGUGUAACUCAGAAAUUAGAGCUGCAAUCUCUGACUUCGGCUGGUUUUACGGAGAUUUCUUCUUAAUUAAUUACAUAUCCGAAAGAAGACUGACGUCACAGGGAAUCUAUAGAUAUUUGAAUAAUCCUGAGGCAAUAUUAGGUACCGCAGGAAUAUGGGGAACCGCUUUGAUGACAAAUUUCUGUUAUGAAAAUAUCAUAUUAGCAAUCAUUUGGACAUCUACAAAUUUUAUAUUUGUGAAAUUCAUAGAGAAACCACAUGUUUCUAAAAUCUAUGGAAAUGAAACAAGAAUUAGCGGCGUUGGAAAAACAUUACAAGGAUUAAAGCCUUUGCGAAUGAUAUAUGAUAUCUUUGAUGAUAUCGGUUCCCUAUUUCUUCGCAAUUUAAUCGCUAGUAACAAACAUGCAUUGAACCAUUCUGCAGCUUCUCCUUUACAUCUCGAAUUUUCUAUCCAAGAAGCAUUAGAGAAUGCCAAUGCAAAACUUGCCCCAAACUGUAAGUUCAAUCUAGAACCAAAGCCAAAUGAUGAGUACGUUUUACCAGAGUCUAUAAAAAUUAGUUGGCAGUUACCAAUUGAACUAUAUAAUAAUAGAGAUUGGAUCGGUUUAUAUAACGUACUUGAUACCAGAACAAAUAGAUACAGGACAAAAGUCUCAUCGUCUGGCCAUUGGUGCGGGACAUCUAGAGAGGGAUAUAAAUCGGAUAAACAAAACACAAUGGCUAUAAAGGAAUUUCACAAGAACUCAAAAGUAGUUAAAGGUGUUGUUGUUUUUGACUACAAUUUGUUAAUAUUUGAGCCCGGUAUUUAUGAGGUCAGAUAUCACAGUAACGGUGGACACAACGUUAUUAUGAGUUCUCAACCAUUUCAAAUAAAGUUUCCAAAAUUCGAAAUAACUGAUCAAGAAAUAUUACAUAGCAAUUUAGUUAAUUUUUUGACGAAAGUUAACUCAAUUAAUGAUGGAAAAUUUGUUGAAAAUGGUUCGAAAUAUUUCAAUACAAGAACUUUCUCUUGUUUAUUAAAGAAAUCCACAGGUAUUGAUAUAUCAAUCGAAUUUAUUAAAAAGGUUAGCGGUGAUCUGAAAAUUAUUUCUCACAGAUUAUGUGAAAUCAAAAAAAUAUUAGAUAGCUUAGAUUGA